GCCCCCAAGGCAUGGAAGGCCGCACAGAAGAGCAGCUGCCACCAGCACCCGGGGGGCGACCCACAGCCCUUUGACAGGCCCCUGGUGGAGGCAGGCCCACCUGGAGCCAUGCGGGGCUCCCGGGAGCUCCCCCUGCUGUGGUUUCUGGUCCUGGCUGCAGGAGGCACUGAGCACGUCUACAGGCCCGGCCGUAGGGUGUGUGCUGUGGAGGUCCAAGGACCUGCUUCAGAGUCCUUCGUGCAGCGUGUGUACCAGCCCUUCCUCACCACCUGCGCUGGGCACCGGGCCUGCAGCACCUACAGGACCAUCUACCGGACUGCCUACCGCCGCAGCCCUGGAUUGGCUCCUGCAGGGCCCCGCUACGCCUGCUGCCCCGGCUGGAAGAGGACCGGCGGGCUUCCUGGGGCCUGUGAAGCUGCAAUAUGCCAGCCACCAUGCAGGAACGGAGGGCACUGUGCCCAGCCGGGACGCUGCCGCUGCCCUGCAGGAUGGAGGGGAGACACCUGCCAGACGGACGUGGACGAAUGCAGCGCCGGAGGGGCCGGCUGUCCCCAGCGCUGUGUCAACACGGCGGGCAGUUACUCGUGUCAGUGCUGGGAGGGGCAGAGCCUGUCUGCAGAUGGGACUCUCUGCCUGCCCAAGGGAGGGGCCUCCAGGAUGGCCCCGGACCCGACAGGAGCAGAGGCGGUGGUGCGGGAGGAGGUGCGCAGGCUGCAGUCUCGUGUGGACACGCUGGAGCAGAAGCUGCAGCUAGCACUGGCUCCCCUGCACAGCCUGGCCUCGAGGGCCUCGGAGCACGGGUUCCAGGACCCUGGCAGCCUCCUGGCCCACUCCCUCCAGCAGCUGGACCGCGUGGACUCCUUGAGUGAACAGGUCUCCUUCCUGGAGGAGCAGCUGGGGUCUUGCUCCUGCAGGAAGGAUCUGUGAAGGUCUCCACCUGGCCACCCGAGGCUGGACAAGCAGCUGCUCUUCAUCCUGCCCUGCAGUUCCUACCUCCCAGCGGGGCCUGCCCCACUCCCCGUGAAGGCUGUGAAGGGCCUCUGCUCCCCUUCCCCUUCUCCAGAGCCCCCGGACUUGGGCUCAGGAUGGGGGUCUUCCUGUGUGCACCCCACAAGUAGCAUUUCUCAGGACCCAAAGGGCCCGUGGUACGAGGCCUCCCUCCCAGAGCAAGGCCAGUGGGCCUCAGCAGCAGCCUCCUGAGGCCGGGCGGGGAACACUGGAGACUGAGCUGCUAUGCAGUGGCUGGACUGGGGGCUGCGCCCUUCCUCCUCCCUGCUGGGUGCGCCAUCACCACAAGAGUCCAGGCAGGUGGUUCCAAGGCACGGCUUCCUUCUGGUGGUAGGCUGGCACCACACACAGCUAGAGGUCAAAGGGCAUCUUUAGCCAUCAGGCCCUGCCUGUUAGGUAGAGCCACACCCCACCCAUUGGAAAAAGCAUUUUUUUUUUUUUGUCUGUUGUGGGGCUUGAACUCUGGGCCUGGGC